AUGGUCCAGUACCCACAAGACCUCUCAUAUUUCGACAGCGAACUAAACCGACUGCUCUUGAAUGGAAACAUUGAAGAUGCCAUCUACAUGCUUAAAUCUUCCAUCUUACAUAAUGCUCCAACCUCAGUCACUCUUCCAACUACCCCACAGCUUCGUUUCUUGCUCUCUUAUGCUAUUCUACCUGCAUGUCUAGUGCCAGCUCCUGGAAGAACCUCUCAAAUCUCUCAAAAAUCUAUGUCGCAGCAGGUCGUCAGUGUCUUGAGCACAAUCAUGCAACUCAUCGGUAUUCUUCCUUCAUCAGAUCCUACAAAUGCACUGCUUGUUGAUACCACAAAAUUGGCCCCGGAUCGUUUGACCCACUCAUCAUCUUCCAUCGACCGAAGCUUCGAUCCUAUAUUCGUGUUUUAUGCCAUGCUUGAUCUUCACUUUGAAGGAAGUCUACCCCCCACUUGGCAAGUUGUUGACCCCACAUCUGGCGAGCUUCUCGACUCACGCAAACCAGGUGUCAUUCGCAAAAAUAUAAACGGCAUCACUGGACCUGGCCGCCGCAAAUCUUCACAGGCUGGAAGUUUAGGCUCAGGCCCAGGACCUUUUGAAAUUGAAACAAUUGGUGGACGUUUACAGACCAGAUCAGCUUCACGAAGGGCCAAAAAGGAUAUCGAUCAGUUAUUUUCCCAACACGCUUCCUUGAUUGCCAAUGAUAACAACAACAUCAACAGAUCAAAUGGGGCAACCUCUUCUGAUUUUGCAUUAAGCGAACCUAGUUUUAACUCGUCCUAUCCUGGUGAUGAUCAUAAUGACAUGAGUGAAAAUGAUGAAGACGAUGAUGAAGAUCUUGAUCUUGAACUUCUUAACUUUGACUCCGACGAGGAUGUCGAUAUGACCCUGUACAAGUAUACCCCUAAAUUCCCCGCCUCGGAGGUUGGUGUGGGCGAAGCACCGGGAGAUUUACACUAUGCAAUCAAUUCUCUCAAGUUUGACGAUUUGCUCUUCACCUGGCCCACUCUCAAGCUCAACUGCGGGUUUUUAGGAUGGAUUCUCCAAUACGACACACACUCGACUAUUAGCCGAAACUUACGAUUCACCGUUCUACGACCCAUUCUUGAUCUGGUGCUUUCCAUUCUAGAACAUAACCUUGAAACCACUGCUGCAUUUGAUUCUCAAUCCAUCUUCUAUAAGUGGAUCAGUGCAGAAAGCUCUCCUCGUCGUAUUGCUACCCUUUUAAUUGCAAACUUUCACAACGUCUCACCAGAAACAUUACUGACCUUCCGGGCAUAUCUCCCCCAUGAAGAAGUUGUCGAGUACGAGCGACGACAACGUGAACGUGCUCAAGAUGAAGGGCUUGUUAUUGGGGGUACUGGAUCUACUGAUGGAGAGGAAAAUGCCAAUAGUGCAGUGUGGGGUGCUGCAGUAAAUAAUUCAGGUCCUCCAGAAAGUACACCACCACAAAGACCUCCCAACGAAAGGCUAGUGUUCAGAAGCUCUUUCAUGGCCCGCGCCCGUCUAGCAACACUUAUUUCCCGCGGAUAUCGCAGCGACAAGGAUCGAAUUAUAUACUAUGAGUUUGCGGCUCGUCGUAUGAUUGAACAUCUGACUCCAUCUACAUUAUAUUCACAACUCACAGCCCCUGGGUUCCCGCUUGAGAUUGUGCGCGAAGUAGCACGCAUCAUGUUUAACCGACUAGACGUUCUAGACCCUUCCACACGGAUUGGGCUAGCGCAUGUUUUGCGCAGUAUUCCGGAUGUUAUGCUUGAGAAGGAUAUAUACUUGACUGUUCAAAUGUACUUGAUGGUACUCAAAGCUGUCAUUUUCCGGCGUACUGAAGACCCAGCUAAUAGCGAGGCUUUAGUAGAUGCUAUUUCCACAACUCCCAAAAGACGCAAAGCCAAAGUCAAGAAAUUAGACAUCGAAGAGGUAGAGCCCGAAUAUGAGGAGCUUGUGCAAGCUGCAGCCAUGGGUAAGGCUAGUCGUCGCCGAUGUCUACCAGCGCCAGCUCCCCAGAAGUUUUUAUCAAUGCUGAAUGGGCUUGAGUCGGAGAUUGCGAUGUUGAUUGCAUAG